AACCAUGACCAGAUGGGCUAGAGUGAACACCUCAAAUAGUAGGAGACCCUUGUCUGCGACAUCAUGGGAGGACAUGAGGGAGGGGUCUGCAGGGAGUGCAGACCGAAACCUUCCAAAGCUUAAACAACGCCAAAUCAGUGGGCUGUCCCUUAAAAAUGAUUCCCCUCAAGCAAAACAUAAAAAGAACAAGAAGAAAAAAGAGUAUUUAAAUGAAGAUGUGAAUGGAUUCAUGGAAUACCUAAAACAGAACUUGCAGAUGCUUCACAAUGGACAGUUGAUAGCAGCAGACAGCCGGGAAGUACGAGAGAUUGCAGUGGCCUUAAAGAAAGACAGUCGAAGGGAAGAAAGACGGUUAAAAAGACAAGCAGCAAAGAAAAAUGCGAUGAUAUGUUUCCAUUGUAGAAGGCCUGGCCAUGAGGUCGCCGAUUGCCAGCUGCGCGGAAGUCAGGACAUGGGCACUGGCAUCUGUUACCGCGCGGGUCCACGGAGCCGAGAUGACACAAGUGGCAGAGCUAGCGUGGACCCCGCUCUCGGUGAAUUUCCUUUUGCGAAAUGUUUCGUUUGUGGAGAAAUGGGGCACCUGUCCAGGUCCUGCCCCGAUAAUCCUAAAGGCGUCUAUGCUGACGGUGGCGGCUGUAAACUCUGUGGCUCUGUGGAACAUUUUAAGAAAGAUUGUCCUGAAAAUCAGAACUCAGAUCGGAUGGUCACAGUUGGUCGAUGGGCAGCCGGGAAUGAAGUGCCCGGACUAUGAAAAGAAGUCCUGGAUGCACCCAAACCAAACCACAGAAACCAAAGUACUAAAGCAACCCAAAGCACUGGGGUUAUGGCAGUGGAUAAAUAUGGCCAUGUGCUUACAGUCCAGAGGGACUGA